CCAUGGAUGUCAAGGUAAACUUAUCGUGUGUAUUUCACUCGGAGGCAGAAGCGUUUCUUUAAUUUCAAGUGUUUGUAUGCCAAAUUAAUUCUGCAUGUUAUAGAUUGGAAAGUUACACCAAUAAAGACUGAUUUAUAACAGUGGAUUAAAAAACUAGCCAUGUUUAGACUGCAGUCAAGGGUAUCCAGUUUGUGUACAACAGCAAGAUGUCACUUGGCCGAGUCUAUACCAACCAAGCAGAGACAUGGCUAUAAGCUUCCUGUUGGACUUAUCCGACAGUAUGCCUCUGAACAUCCAGCCACUAGGCAAAAAAUUAAAAAGUUAAUGGUUGCCAAUAGAGGUGAAAUUGCCAUCAGGGUGUUCAGAGCAUGUACUGAGAUGGAUAUUCGGACAGUGGCUAUAUACUCCGAACAAGACAGAAUGCACAUGCAUAGACAGAAGGCAGAUGAAGGUUAUUUAAUAGGUAAAGGUCUGCCACCUGUAGCUGCCUACCUUAAUAUACCUGAGAUCAUCCAAAUAGCACAGGAAAAUGAAGUAGAUGCUAUUCAUCCAGGAUAUGGAUUUUUAUCAGAGCGAUCAGAUUUUGCUGAUGCUUGUGUGGAUGCUGGUAUACAGCUAAUUGGUCCAUCACCAGAAGUCAUAAGAAAAAUGGGAGAUAAAGUAGAGGCACGACAGGCAGCUAUUGAUGCAGGUGUACAAGUUGUACCUGGAACACCUGGCCCAGUCCAUAAUGCUGAAGAAGCUUAUCUAUUUUGUGAACAGUAUGGUCUACCUGUUAUAUUUAAAGCAGCAUUUGGUGGAGGUGGUAGGGGUAUGAGGGUUGUCCGAAAAUUAGAGGAAGUUGAAGAAAAUUUUCAUCGUGCAUAUUCUGAAGCAGAAUCAGCCUUUGGCAAUGGAGCUCUGUUUCUAGAGAAAUUCAUUGAGAGACCUAGACAUAUAGAAGUACAGAUCUUGGGUGAUUCUUAUGGAAAUAUUGUACAUCUGUAUGAAAGAGAUUGUUCUGUGCAAAGACGACAUCAAAAAGUUGUAGAGAUAGCACCAGCACCACAAUUACCCAGAGAAAUUAGAGAUAGUAUGACAGCUGAUGCUAUAAAACUGGCACAGUUUGUAGGAUAUGAAAAUGCUGGUACUGUAGAGUUCCUACUCGAUACAAAUGGACAGUACUUCUUUAUUGAAGUAAAUGCUCGUCUACAGGUAGAACAUACAGUUACAGAAGAAGUCACAGGAGUAGAUUUGGUACAAUCCCAGAUUAAAGUGGCUGAAGGUAGAAGUCUGAAAGAAAUUGGCCUUGAACAAGAUAAGAUUGCAUUACAUGGAUGUGCUAUACAGUGUAGGAUGACUACAGAAGAUCCUGCCAGACAAUUCCAACCAGAUACUGGCAGAAUAGAGGUAUUCAGAAGUGGAGAAGGUAUGGGUAUAAGACUGGACAGCGCUUUAGGUUUUGCGGGUGCUAUAAUAUCUCCAUACUAUGAUUCUUUGCUGGUCAAAGUUAUUGCACAUGCCUGGGAUCACCCGUCAGCCUGUGCUAAAAUGUUAAGAACUCUCAAAGAAUUCAGAAUAAGAGGUGUGAAGACAAAUAUUCCAUUCCUGUUGAAUGUUUUAGAACAUAAACAGUUCCUGUCAGGUGUAGUGGAUACCUACUUUAUUGAUGAGAAUCCACAACUGUUCCACCUUAAUCCAUCUCAGAACAGAGCACAGAAAUUAUUGAAUUAUUUAGGACAAUGCAUGGUCAAUGGUCCAAUGACACCAUUUGCUACCAAUAUUCCACCCUCUGAGAUACAACCAACAGUACCAGAACUGCCAAUUGAUAUUGAAACAGGGGUACAUGCUAAAGCACCUCCUCCAGGGUGGAGAGAUAUUCUAAAACAAGAGGGUCCUCAAGCAUUUGCCAAGAAGGUACGAGAACAUAAUGGACUAUUAUUGAUGGACACAACCUUCCGUGAUGCUCAUCAGUCACUCUUAGCUACUAGAGUCAGAACAUAUGAUUUAAAGAAAAUUGCUCCGUAUGCAUCGCAUAAGUUUCAUAACUUGUACAGUAUGGAAAACUGGGGAGGUGCAACCUAUGAUGUGGCCAUGAGAUUUUUACAUGAAUGUCCAUGGGAAAGGUUACAGGAGCUGAGGAAGAGAGUCCCAAACGUACCAUUCCAGAUGUUACUGAGAGGAGCCAAUGCUGUAGGCUACACUAAUUAUCCAGAUAAUGUUGUAUACAAAUUCUGUGAAUUGGCAGUGAAACAUGGUAUGGACAUCUUCAGGGUAUUUGAUUCACUGAAUUAUGUACCCAACAUCAUUGUAGGAAUGGAGGCUGUAGGCAAGGCUGGUGGUGUGAUUGAAGCUGCCAUAUCUUAUACUGGUGAUGUAUCUAACCCUAACCUGGAAAAGUACAACCUGAAAUACUAUACAGAUCUAGCUGAUGAGCUCGUCAAAGCUGGUACACAUGUUUUGUGUAUCAAGGAUAUGGCAGGUGUAUUGAAACCAAGAGCUGCUAAGAUGUUGAUCACUGCUCUGAGAGAUAAUCAUCCAGACAUUCCUAUACAUGUGCACACUCAUGACACAGCAGGAGCUGGUGUAGCCUCUAUGUUAGCCUGUGCUGAGGCUGGAGCAGAUAUUGUAGAUGUUGCUGUAGAUUCUAUGUCUGGACUGACGUCACAGCCAAGUAUGGGAGCUGUAGUAUCCAGUGUGUCUAAUACAGAACUGGAUACAGGGAUAGACUUACAUGAUGUUACAGAAUACUCAUCAUACUGGGAACAAACUAGAAACUUAUAUGGUCCAUUCGAAUGUUGUAAAACCUUAAAGAGUGGUAACUCGGAUGUCUAUGACAAUCAAAUUCCAGGAGGACAGUAUACUAAUCUACAGUUCCAAGCCUUCAGUCUUGGUUUAGCUGAACAGUUUGAAGAAGUCAAAAAGAGGUAUUGUGAAGCCAACCUUCUGUUGGGUGAUAUUCCUAAGGUAACUCCAUCAUCAAAAGUUGUAGGGGACAUGGCUCAGUUCAUGGUACAGAACAAACUGAACACCAUACAAGUAGAAGAUAGAGCAGAAGAUUUGUCACUUCCAGUUUCUGUAAUAGAAUAUUUUCAAGGUUUCUUAGGGGAACCACCAGGAGGUUAUCCUGAACCUCUCAGGUCAAAGAUAUUAGGAGAUAAACCAAGAGUAAAUGGAAGACCAGGAGCUUCUCUACAACCUGUUGACUUUGAUAAAAUAAAGGAAGAAUUAAUAGAAAAACACGGGAAGAGAAUCAGGGAUGUUGAUGUCUUAAGUUCUGCAUUGUAUCCUAGUGUGACUGAUAAUUUCCUACAGUUCAGAGAAUUGUAUGGACCUGUUGAUACUCUAGACACCAGUUUAUUUUUGGCUGGUCCAAAAAUGGCUCAGGAAGUACAGGUUGAUAUAGAAAAAGGUAAAACACUAUCAAUCAAAGUAUUAGCUGUUGGAGAUUUAAACAAAAAUGGACAAAGAGAGGUUUUCUUUGAGUUAAAUGGACAGCUUAGAUCAGUCAUGAUUAAAGAUGAAGAGGCUUCUAAGGAACUUCACUUCCAUCCAAAGGCCCUUAAAGGUGUAAAAGGAUCAGUUGGAUCACCCAUGCCAGGAACAGUUAUAGAUAUCAAAGUUAAGGAUGGUGAAAAAGUUGAAAAAGGAGCUGCUUUGUUAGUUAUAAGUGCAAUGAAGAUGGAGAUGGUUGUCAAUGCUCCUUGCUCAGGAAUUAUUCAGAAAAUCUGUGUUGAAAAAGGAAUGAAAUUAGAAGGGGAUGAUUUGUUGUUAGAUAUUGAAUGUCUUCCUGAAUGAAAACUUUUCCAGGCAUAUUUAACUGCAGAUGGUAUUGUCUUAUGAAGACUGAUUAAGGUUUUAACAUAGAGGAUAUAGUGCUGCUAAAAAGUGCUAGGUAGUAAUUGGUUGCUUGUUGUUGUUGAGUGGUAUUUUUCAGAAUCUAGAUCUGUUUUCAGAUGUGUGCUAAUUACUUAGUUUAAAUGCAGGAUCAUUUCUACACUAAUUUUUCAUUCAUUUAAUUUUCAACAUUUUCAUGACAUUUUUUAAGCUUUUGAUAUAAAUCUUUGGAAUUCCUUUGUAUAUGAUAAUUUAGAGGAGACUGAAUAAUUCUGUGACAAUCUCUAUUAGUACACAGUACUAAGCUUAAAGUUAAAUGAAUAUCCAUUUUUGGAACUUGAUAGUGCUAGAAGUUAUAUUUAGAAUAGUUUAUACAAAAUUUUACACAACUAAAAAUUGUUAAUUCAUUUAUUACAAAUGUGCAAUAUUUAUGCCAAAUAAUCAUCUGAAGUAAGGUGCUAAACUUUUUAUUUCAUUUUAACUAAAAAAAGAAUUUUUAAAAGAUACAAUACCAAGGACGGAUUCAGGCAGGGGCGUGGCAGGCAUGCGCCCCUCCUAAAACUUGCAAAGUAUGGUUUGUCCUCAGAAUAAAGAAUAUUUCGAUAAUUUUACCUCAAAAAAUUUUUCGCCUCGCUCCGCCAGGCAAAAAUUUAUAAGUUUGUACCCUCCCUUACCUAAAAUCCGGGAUCCGCCCUUGAAUACAAGGAGGCAUGUAAACUGCAAUAUAAAAUUAUUUCUUAAAUAUGGUUGAUACACCCUGUUAACAAUAAAUUUGCAGAUAGCUAUGCAUAACUUAUUGUUAUGUUUAGUUUGGAAUCGAUUAGUAUUAAUUUAAUUAAAAAUUAAAUGAGAAAUGUUGUAAGUGACCUCCACUGCCAUACUACACAGAUUAUUAACAUAUCAUUGAAUAUUAUAAAUUUGAAAUAUUCAGUAGAUGUUGUUUUAUUAUAUUUUACAUUCCAAAUAUGAAAUAAUGACGAUCUUAGAUAUAAAGAUGUCUAAAUUAAUCUUUGAUUGCUACUUAGAUUAUGUUUUUAAUUUGUUUAUCAUAUGAUAUUAAUAUGUGCACUUGUUACUGCGGUUUUCAAAUAUUUUACUUCAUGCACACAUUUUUUUUUCUAAGUAUAAGAGCACCUUGUUUUAUGUUUAGUAGUUGGGCAAGCAGUUUGAUCAAAUGAAUUCAAUGUUGUGUGGUAAACUAUUAAAGAUAGAAAUUAAAGCAUAGAUGUUGUUCAGAUUCCAGGAAUUUCACUAGCAUGGUUAAUUUUAUAAGUUGCAUUUUCAAAUUUAUGUUGAUUAAUAUUUUAAUUAAAGUCAACUUUUCAAUAUGAGUACUACCCCAAAAUCCUCUGAUGUUAAUUAAGCCUUGAAAUAACAGUUGUUUUAGUCAGUUAAUUGGUGCAUAACUUUAUAUAUUUAUCAGAUGAAUAUUGGAAUGAUGGUGUUUAAUUAUAUCUUUAAAUCUUUAUAAUCUAUUUUAUCUCUAUUUGUGAGUCAUUUAAUUUUAUUGAUGUUGAAUAUCAUAUUGAUUAUUUAUAUACAUAUACUAUAUUGAAUUUGAAUGAUCUCCAAUGCAUAGAUGACUUUGUUUCUGAUUAAAGUUUAAUUUUUAUUUUGCCUAUACAUGUAAACGAAUUAUUAUUCUUGCCUGUGUAUGGUAUAUUAAGAUCUAAACAAUAUUUUCAAUGAAAGACCUUGUUAUAUUGGAAGAAGUCUUUUGAGGGUGUUGCUGCAGACUCAGUAUUUAAAAGUCUAGGAGAAAAUUGCAUUUGUAAACUACCAUCAAUCUCACAAUGCCAAGGUUCCUGUGUCUAUGUGUGGCUGUGGGGUACAGUAAUCAUGUGUGGUUUUGGUUCAAUGGCCAAGGGAAGAAGGACCCUGACAUUGUGAGGAUGGACUGCAAAAGUUCAAAUUCUGUUGAAAAUAACAACAUAUACUGACAAUUAAAUGGCCUAUUAAAUUAAAAUUAUUUCAGAAAAAAAAAAAUUCAACCAAUAUAAACUUCAAAUAAAUAGUGAUUUUGGUAAAAUCUAAAAUAUAAGUGUUAUGAAAUGGUUAAAACUAAUGUAGACAAUUUGAUGACAAUAACGGGUGUUUAACAAUCUGAUGACAAUAACGGGUCUUUAACAAUCUGAUGACAAUAACGGGUGUUUAACAAUCUGAUUAAGAUACAGAUUCUGUGUCCACUCUUUGCUUAGAAGAAUCUGACAACACUCCAUUCUACUUUCUGGUAAUUAUUUCAUCAGCUUCUUUUAUUGUUCUUAAAUCUAGGCAAAGCUUGAACACAGAAUCUGACAACACUCCAUUCUACUUUCUAUUCUGGUAAUUAUUUCAUCAGCUAAUGUAAAGCCUGCCUACAAAUUUUUAAAAGUUUGUAUCUUAAGGACAAAACUAGAGGAUCUCAAAAGUUCUUUAAAACAGAAAGUAGAAAAGGGUUUACAGAUCCUUGUAAACAGAACAUUGACACAGAAUCUGUUUUUAAUCAGAUUGGGUCUUUAUCAAAAGGAAAUAUUAAGCCAGAUGCUUGCUUUAAGAUUUAUGGAAUUGUUUUGAGAUAUAAAACUUUUUUAAUUCUAAUAUCUGCUUUUCAGCUGCUUGUUACACUCUUGCUUGUUAAUUGCUGGUCUAUUACAACUUUUUUUAUAAACUGUCUUGGAUUUGUUAUUUAACACAUAACUACAUGAAUUCACUUUUUGUAUUAGAAAAGAGAACAGUAUAUUAAUUAACAUGAAACAUUGUAUGAUGCAAAUACCCAUUUUAAGUGAGAUUAAAAAAUAACUGCAAUCUCUCAUGAGAACAUUAUAAUCAAUUAUGGUUUGAAAUGUUAUUCCAUAUUUCAAAGUGAGUGAUUUAUAAAAUUAGAAUUAAAAAAAUAUAUAGUGUAUCUUGAACUAACAAAGAUGAAAUAUGAGGUUUGAGUCCUGCAACUGUUGUUGCUUAAAUAUUAUUUGGUUUUUCCAGUUCAAAGAAUCAUUCAGAAUUGCAUAAUAUCAACACUGUGAUAAACACCUGAUUCUCAGAUCUGCAGAAUUACUGGGCAUUUAUUGUACAAUUUUGUGUUCAACAUUUUCAGUCAUAAUGUUAAUUUUAGUUGUCUGUUAUUCUUAUAUAAUCAACAUAUUAGAGAGAUAGUUUCAUUAAUAAAGUCAAUGGCAUUGUA